UUUUCAUUACAGGAUCAAGUAUGCUUUGGAUGGCCAUUCUAGGCGCCAUAUUGGUAUGGUCAGCUGCCCCAGGUACAGCUGUCAAUUCAAAUAAAAGGGAACAAGCAUACCAAAUUAGUCCGAAGCCUUGUUGGGUAGAUGGUCAAGAAGGCACGUGCAUGUUUGUAUACGAGUGUAUAAAGUCUGAAGGAUAUCAUAUAGGAAUGUGCGUCGACACGUUUAUGUUUGGUUCCUGUUGUGCUUACAACGCAACUCAGAACUCAGUGAUACCGAACCAUGUCAAUAGGCCCCAUGUGCUCUACAGUCUUCCUAGUCAUAAUAGUCAAACUAGCAAUAAGCAGCCAAGCAAACCACUAAGUCAUUAUAGUACUAGUAGACCUAGACCAGCAAGUCGACCUCAAGCUCAACACUAUCCUACGCGAUCGCCUUUAGCAACGUCCUUGCAGACGAUGGCGCCAUCUGCUAACGAGAAGCUGGGGUUUUCCGGCAGGAAUCCGACGUUGCCGCCUAGGCAUAGCAUACGACCGAUGAGCAUGAGCACCGACUCCUUCGCAGUGUCCAACGGCAUCUCCAUCUACACCAAGCCUGGCUGGCAGAUGAGCACGGAACCGGCCUUCAUCACCUCCAAUCACAACGCUGAUCACCACGAGAACGAGGUGAACCUGCAGUGGCAGUUCACCACCGAGCCUGGCUCGGUCACGCGGAUGAAGAAGCCUACCAAAUACAAGCCCACGAAGAAGCCUGUGCAGAGCAUCGGCGAUAAGUACACCAGCAAGUAUGGCUCGAAGAGUACUAGGCCCACUACAACAAAAAGGCCACCAGAAGCAGGAAAGCCCCAAUUGUACACAGCGGCACCAACAGACAAAGUCACUACCACGCCUGACCUUCUGCAGACAUCUACUUUCACAGCUUCUGGGAUGUCAACUUCGGCAAUGUCCUCCAACAGAAAUAUCGAAUGCGGUGUUCCUCGAAUGUUUACCAAACCUCAAACUAGGAUAGUUGGCGGAAAAAAUGCCCCAUUUGGUAGAUGGCCUUGGCAGGUGUCCGUCAGACGAACUUCGUUUUUCGGAUUUUCCAGCACCCAUAGAUGUGGAGGGGCCAUUUUGAAUGAGAAUUGGAUAGCUACAGCAGGUCAUUGUGUUGAUGACCUGCUGACCUCCCAGAUCCGCAUCCGCGUCGGCGAGCACGACUUCUCCAGCGUGCAGGAGGACCUGCCCUACACGGAACGCGGCGUGGCCAGGAAGGUGGUCCAUCCCAAGUACAACUACUUCACCUACGAGUACGACCUGGCGCUGGUGCAAGUGGACAAGACCAUGGACUUCCAGCCGCACAUUUCUCCCGUUUGCUUGCCCGCCUCCGAUGAUCUGCUGAUCGGAGAGAACGCCACCGUGACGGGGUGGGGGCGGUUGAGCGAGGGGGGAACGUUGCCUUCCGUGUUGCAAGAGGUGCAAGUCCCUAUCGUGAGCAACGACCGGUGCAAGAGCAUGUUCCUGCGGGCAGGAAGGCACGAAUUCAUCCCGGAGAUAUUCCUGUGCGCGGGCCACGAGGGCGGAGGACAGGACUCCUGCCAGGGGGACUCCGGGGGGCCCUUGCAGGUCAAAGGAAAAGAUGGUCGUUAUUUCUUAGCAGGAAUAAUCUCUUGGGGAAUAGGAUGCGCUGAAGCGAACCUUCCAGGUGUUUGCACUAGGAUAUCGAAAUUUGUUCCUUGGAUCCUCAAAAACGUUACUUGA